AUGACGAGUUUAAACGUAUCUCAGAAAGAAAGAAAUCGGCAGUUUUGCAAAAUGUCUUCGUACACCCCCCGCGAGCGUUCCGUCCGCGGGGGUGGAGGUGACAAGCACUUGAAUGCGAUCGUCCGCUGCGGGCAAGCGGUGCACUUGUCGAUCGAACGCUUCGUGACACUAGGCGAAGCACUGGCGGACGACAAUGCCGAGAUCAAAGUCGAUAUGUACGAGGCUUGCAGGGAUGCCAGAGCGGCAGGUUCGAUGCUGGAGCACCUGUGUGAGGUUCAGCACGACGAUGGAGGUCAGCUACGGCCCUAUGCGGACAAGCACCACCUGGCCCGAGCCGCCAGAGCCCUGCUCUCCUCCGUCACACGCGUGCUCCUGCUCGCCGACACAGUCGUCGUCAAGCAGCUGCUCGCCAACAAGGAGAGGGUAUCGAUAAGCCUCAAUAGGCUGGAAAACGUGGCCAACUUCACAGAAUUUGUCAAAGCUUUCAGCCAGUUUGGAACAGAAAUGGUCGAAAUGGCUAGUCUCAUGAGCAGAGGUCAAAAUGAUGUAAAUAAUGAGAGGAGGCGAGCUCAAAUGGCGGCUGCUCGACAAGUUCUGGAGAGGUCAACUGUUCUAUUGCUCACAGCAUCAAAGGCGUGCCUUCGUCACCCGGACUGCGAUACGGCUCGGGAGAACCGCGACACGGUCUUCCUGCAGAUGCGUCGCUCUAUGGACGUCAUCCAUUACGUCAUCAAAGAGGGCGUCAUCCCCGAGCUGGCCGGCACCACCAGCAAUGGCGAGCCCCACCACUACCAGCGCCGCAGCCUACGCCACCGCAGCAGCCGCAGCCACAACCACAACGGCAGGGCCGACGAAAUGGAGCAGUGCCUCACCGUUUGUAACGCUAUCAGGAAGUUCGAGGAUCACGUGGAGAUGUGUCGGGUGACGCACGCCAGCCCCUCGGGCCUCCUGAGCAGUGCCUUGGACUCCGUAGUGGAGCGGUCGCAGGAUUUCACAGACUCCGCCUACACCUCACACGAACACCGGGAGAGGAUACUCCGGCUCUGUGACAGACUACGCAUGGAGCUGCACCAGCUGCUGAGGGUGGGAACGCAACUCGAGCAACUUGGUCAAGCUUCACCAACGGAAGAAAUGGAAGCGGCGAUUCACGAAACGCUUAGAGCUGCUAAAGAUUUGAAGCUACAGUUACAGACGACAGCGCUAGAACAAGCAGAAGAUCUUUUAAAGUACAUUGACAAAUCAACACUACUAAACAGGUUGAAGCAUGCCUCCAUCACUGGGGACCACGCAAGACUGGAAGAAUUUAGUGAGAGGUUUAGUGAACAAUCAGACCAUCUGCAAGAGGUGUGUAAACUCCUACACCAUGUAGCCAGUGCAGAAUCAGUCCAAGUCUUGUCGAAGAACACGGAAGCUUGCCUUCAAGUUUACGGACCACAGGUGCUGAGUGCGUGUCACACUCUUUUCCUCCAUCCUUCGAGCAAGGUGGCGCGCGAAAACGUCGAAGUGUUUAUGGACGUCUGGAAGGCCUUAGACCAAGACGUCACUGCCUUGUCUGCAGAAGUGACGGAGCUCUGCAGGAACGCUGGUAAAGCUGAAAAAACAAGCUAUCCGGUGUCCAACCCGAUCGCCGUAGACGUCACCGAGCAGUCCAACAUAGCGAAACUGGGUCUCGAAAUGAAGCAGCUGACGUCAGAGAUGGAUGCAGAGACAGACAAAUGGCCGACGGCGGACAACGACAUCGUCCGGAGGGCGAAGACCAUGUCCCAGAUGGCCUUCUCCAUGUACCAGUUUACGAGGGGAGAAGGAGAACUCAAGACGACGCAGGAUUUAUUUACUCAAGCGGAGUUCUUCGCUGAAGAAGCGAAUAGGUUUUACAAAGUAGUCAGACAUUUUUCAUAUCAGGUCCCGGGUGGUACGAAUAAAAAAGAAAUGCUCGAAAAUUUAGACCGAGUACCAACUUUUGUUCAACAGCUUCAGUUCACAGUUAAAAACACAACAGUGGGCAAAGCUGCAACGUUUACCAAAGUGGACAACGUGAUAAAAGAAACGAAGAAUCUAAUGAAUGCCAUUUCCAAAGUAGUAACCACAUGUUUAGAUUGCGCCAUUAAGUACAACCUGGACUUCGGCUCGGCUUCCGACCGCUCCCGCUUGAUGUCGCCCUACAGCCGGGGCGGUGAAGGGGGUGGCGAGGACUAUGGGGACGGGGGCCUUGCUCCGAAGGGCCUGCAAAGCUCCUCGGACCCGAACAUCUGA